UUAUUUCGACGGUUUCCUAUUCUCUCUGUUUUCUUCCCUAUUCUUACAACUCUCUUCGACAUUUUGUCACUUUCUGUCCUUAGUGGCAUUUUUAUAACUGACAUUUUUUCGCUUAACAUCCUUUUAGGCAUUUUGUCGUUUUUCCGUUUUGAUAUUUACCACAAUUAUUUUCUUUGUACAGAAAUUAUCAAAAGACCAACUCUUCAUGUUUUUCAUUUGGCCAACUACCCAUUAUUUUUCCAUUUUGUCUAAAAGGGAAAUUUCCUGACCAGCCAAUUUUUCAUUUCCACAUUGCAAAUUUUAUUUUUGAACACGUCAACAAUUGUUUAUUUUUUAAAAAUUUAAUUUUUUUAGUUUAAUUAAUUUUAUAGAGGCGGUGUUUAUUAAAAAUGAAUUGGCUUUAUUUUUCUCUAUUUUUCUGCUUAUUUGGAAUAAAAAAUUCUUUUGGUUAUUUUAUUCAUAUCGAUGCAAAUGAAGAAUUGUGCUUUUUUGAUAGAGUAGUUUCUGGAACUAAAAUGGGUUUAAUGUUUGAAGUUGCGGAAGGCGGAUUUCUUGAUAUUGACGUUAAGAUUGUUGGCCCGGACAAUAGCGAGAUUUAUAAAGGCGAACGUGAAAGCUCAGGAAAAUAUACCUUUGGUAAACUUUUGUUAAAAACACUAUGUUAAUUUUAAUUUAGAAUAGGAGGUCGAGGGAAGAUUUUCGGGGGUAUUUGACUUUUUUUGUGGGAUUUGACGGGGAUAUGAUUUUCUCUUCGGGAGACUUGAUAGGGGAUUUAGUCUUUUUCUUCGCGUGGGAUUUGAUUGAAAAUUUACUUUUUUGCAAGGGCGUAGCCAGAGGUAGGGGGGCUUCUGGG